AGUCUCGCUCUGUCCCGCAGGCUGGAGUUCAGUGGCGCGAUCUCGGCUCACUGCAACCUCUGCCUCCCAGGUUUAAGCGAUUCUCCUGCCUCAGCCUCCUGAGUAGCUGGGACUAUAGGCACGCACCAUCACACCCGGCUAAUUUUUAUAUUUUUAGUAGAGACGGGGUUUCACCAUGUUAGCUAGGCUGGUCUUGAACUCCUGACCUCAGGUGAUCCCUCUGCCUUGGCCUCCCAAAGUGCUGGGAUUACAGGCCUGAGCCACCGCGCCCGGCCAGUUAACCUCAUUUUAGAGAUGAGAAAACAGAGGCUCAAGGUCAGCAUGGGAGUUUAUUCAGGAGAAAUCAAGGUAGAAGGCACCUGGGCUGGGGAGCCAACACUAGCUUGGUUUUGGAGGCCCCAGACGAGGGGUGUGUGGAGCCCCUCCUCCACCCCCCUCCGGCCCAGCCCCGCAUGAUGUUGCUGGAUGCUGCAUGAAGACCCACCAUUAGAUGCCUGUACCCCCAGUGGAGGUUCCCCAGCUCCCUGUCCUCACUGCCUUCUCCAUCCAGGGCUUGCCUGGGCGUGGCUUCCCUCAAGUUCUCACACUACCAUUUGCACCUGCCUCUGGCGUCACAUUUCCGUACUUAGCAGGUCCCUGGGGCUUUGGGUGUCUCAAUCUUGCAUCCUGUGAGACCUUGAACCUCAGCCCAACACCCACCCCCACAAAACCUACGCACACAGACAGCAGUGGGCAGGUGCAGCCCUGCUUAGGGCCUGGAGAUGGACAGACCCAGGCUCACAUCCUAGCUCUGACACGGAAUUGCUUCAGGCAAGAGCAUCUCCUCUGGACCUCAUUUGACCAUCUGUCACAUGGGGUUCAGACCUCCCUGUCUGCAUCAGUGAGACCAGGGCAGGAACUGCUGCUGCAACCUCAGGCUGGGCACCAAACACCCGUGCCCGCCAAUGCGGCCCAGCCCCCGGAGAGUCAGGCCCACAGAGCAUGCCCAUGUGGGCCGGCGGUGUGGGGAGCCCUCGGCGGGGCAUGGCCCCUGCGUCCACGGAUGACCUCUUUGCCCGCAAGCUGCGCCAGCCGGCAAGGCCCCCGCUGACACCGCACACCUUCGAGCCGAGGCCAGUCCGGGGCCCGCUCCUGCGCAGCGGCAGCGAUGCAGGCGAGGCCAGGCCCCCCACGCCAGCCAGCCCCCGUGCCCGUGCCCACAGCCACGAAGAGGCCAGCCGCCCUGCAGCCACUUCCACCCGGCUCUUCACUGACCCGCUGGCACUGCUGGGGCUGCCAGCAGAGGAACCAGAGCCUGCCUUCCCGCCAGUGCUUGAGCCUCGAUGGUUUGCCCACUAUGACGUGCAAAGCCUGCUCUUUGAUUGGGCUCCGAGGUCUCAGGGGAUGGGGAGCCACUCAGAGGCCAGCUCUGGGACCCUGGCUUCAGCCGAGGACCAGGCUGCCAGCUCGGACCUGCUGCAUGGGGCACCUGGCUUUGUGUGUGAGCUCGGGGGUGAGGGUGAGCUAGGCCUGGGUGGACCAGCAUCCCCACCUGUGCCCCCUGCACUGCCCAACGCGGCCGUGUCCAUCCUGGAGGAGCCACAGAACCGAACCUCGGCCUACAGCCUGGAGCACGCAGACCUGGGUGCUGGCUACUACCGCAAGUACUUCUAUGGCAAAGAACAUCAGAACUUCUUCGGGAUGGACGAGUCGCUGGGCCCGGUGGCAGUGAGCCUGCGGCGGGAGGAGAAGGAGGGCAGCGGAGGGGGCACCCUGCACAGCUACCGCGUCAUCGUGCGGACCACGCAGCUCCGGACCCUCCGUGGCACCAUCUCGGAGGACGCGCUGCCGCCGGGGCCCCCACGGGGUCUGUCCCCAAGGAAACUUCUGGAGCACGUGGCGCCGCAGCUGAGCCCCAGCUGCCUGCGCCUGGGCUCAGCUUCACCCAAGGUACCACGGACGCUGCUCAUACUGGAUGAGCAAGUGCUGAGCUUCCAGCGCAAGGUGGGCAUCCUGUACUGCCGGGCGGGCCAGGGCUCGGAGGAGGAGAUGUACAACAACCAGGAGGCGGGACCCGCCUUCAUGCAGUUUCUCACCUUGCUGGGCGAUGUGGUGCGGCUCAAAGGCUUUGAGAGUUACCGGGCCCAGCUAGACACCAAAACGGAUUCCACAGGCACGCACUCCCUCUACACCACGUACCAGGACCACGAGAUCAUGUUCCACGUGUCCACGAUGCUGCCUUACACCCCUAAUAACCAGCAGCAGCUCCUGCGGAAGCGCCACAUUGGCAACGACAUUGUGACCAUCGUAUUCCAGGAGCCUGGCAGCAAGCCCUUCUGCCCCACCACCAUCCGCUCGCACUUCCAGCACGUGUUCCUAGUGGUGAGGGCACACGCACCCUGCACGCCACACACCUCCUACAGGGUGGCUGUGAGCCGCACCCAGGACACCCCGGCCUUCGGGCCAGCUCUGCCCGCUGGCGGAGGCCCCUUCGCAGCCAACGCCGACUUCCGGGCCUUCCUGCUAGCCAAGGCGCUGAAUGGCGAGCAGGCGGCCGGCCACGCUCGCCAGUUCCACGCCAUGGCCACGCGCACCCGCCAGCAGUACCUGCAAGACCUGGCCACCAACGAGGUGACCACUACGUCGCUGGACUCGGCUUCACGCUUCGGCCUGCCCUCCCUGAGUGGGAGGCGCCGGGCGGCCCCUCGGGGCCCGGGCGCCGAGCUGCAGGCAGCAGGCUCACUGGUGUGGGGAGUGCGCGCGGCGCCCGGGGCGCGGGUAGCCGCUGGGGCUCAGGCGAGCGGCCCCGAAGGCGCCGAGGUGCCCUGCCUGCUGGGCAUCUCUGCCGAGGCUCUGGUACUGGUGGCGCCGCGCGACGGCCGCGUAGUGUUCAAUUGCGCCUGUCGCGACGUGCUGGCCUGGACCUUCUCCGAGCAGCAGCUGGACCUGUACCACGGCCGCGGGGAGGCGAUUACGCUGCGCUUCGACGGGUCCCCCGGCCAAGCCGUGGGCGAGGUGGUGGCGCGUCUGCAGCUGGUGAGCCGUGGCUGCGAGACCCGCGAGCUCGCUCUGCCCCGUGACGGUCAAGGCCGCCUGGGCUUCGAGGUGGACGCCGAGGGCUUCGUCACGCACGUGGAGCGCUUCACGUUCGCCGAGACGGCGGGACUGCGGCCCGGGGCGCGCCUGCUGCGCGUGUGCGGCCAGACGCUGCCCAGCCUCCGGCCCGAGGCCGCUGCCCAGCUGCUGCGCUCGGCGCCCAAGGUCUGCGUCACCGUCCUGCCCCCCGACGAGAGCGGCCGGCCCCGCAGGAGUUUUUCAGAGCUGUACACGCUGUCGCUGCAGGAGCCCAGCCGGCGGGGGGCCCCAGAACCUGUGCAGGAUGAGGUCCAGGGGGUGACCCUACUGCCCACCACAAAGCAGCUGCUGCACCUGUGCCUGCAAGAUGGUGGCAGUCCUCCAGGGCCUGGGGAUCUGGCCGAGGAGAGGACUGAGUUCCUGCACAGCCAGAACUCGCUGUCACCAUGCAGCUCCCUGUCGGAUGAGGCCCCAGUCCUGCCCACCACCACCCCGGACCUCCUCCUGGCCACCACAGCCAACCCAUCAGUACCCAGUGCUGACAGUGAGACACCCGUGACCCAGGACAGGCCAGGCAGUCCCAGUGGCUCUGAGGACAAGGGCAACCCGGCCCCGGAGCUGAGGGCCUCCUUUCUGCCACGUACCUUGUCUCUGCGGAACUCCAUCAGCAGGAUCAUGUCGGAGGCGGGCAGUGGGACCCUGGAGGACGAGUGGCAGGCCAUCUCGGAGAUUGCCUCCACUUGCAACACCAUUCUGGAGUCGCUGUCCCGAGAGGGACAGCCCAUCCCAGAGAGCGGAGACCCUAAGGGAACUCCAAAGUCUGAUGCUGAGCCAGAGCCUGGGAACCUCUCAGAGAAGGUCUCUCACUUGGAGUCCAUGCUCAGGAAGCUGCAGGAGGACCUGCAGAAGGAGAAGGCGGACAGGGCGGCCCUGGAGGAGGAGGUGCGGAGCCUGAGACACAACAACCGGCGGCUACAGGCAGAGUCUGAGAGUGCAGCCACACGCCUGCUCCUGGCUUCCAAGCAGCUGGGCUCACCCACUGCCGACCUGGCCUGAGCCAUCUGGAACCACCUGGGCCCCUGAGGGCACCAUGGUCACACUGGGCCCUCCUCAGGAACUCUCCCUGCGCAGAGGCGCGUCUUAGCACUGCCCCCCUCCCUAGCCCCUUAUUUGGUGGCGCAAGUGGCCUCCACCCCUUCCCUGUUUGUAAAUAUUCUGUGGAGAAAAGAGGACUUCAGGGAGUAAAAAAGCCA